ACUGUGCUCCCGAAAAUUCAAUCAUCCGCCCUGCUCAAUGACGAGAAGACAGGUCUGCCCGCGAACGGCACCACUACGAAAGACACCGUGGUGAACGACGAUCCUGAGGAUGACCGAAUGCCCAGAGGUAGUGCCGUCAGGCAAGUCCUGGCCGCUCUGGUUGCCCAGCUUGGUACCAUCAACACGGGCAUGGCAUUCGGUUUUUCUGCCAUCGCCCUACCACAACUCCAAGAGCCCGACAGUAUCAUUCCCAUCAAGGAAGGAUCGACGGAGGAAUCGUGGAUCGCUAGCAUGUCCUCUAUCGGCACACCGAUCGGUUGUUUGACGUCCGGCUAUAUGAUGGACAUGUUCGGCAGGAAGCGCUCGCUCAUCAUUACGGAAAUCCCGGCGCUACUCGGAUGGAUGCUGAUCACAUUCGCAACCGACAUACGCAUGAUGUACGCCGGGCGUUUCUUCGUCGGUUUGGGAUCGGGCAUGGUGGGCGCGCCAGCUCGCGUCUAUACGAGCGAAGUUACGCAGCCGCAUCUACGAGGGAUGCUGACCGCAUUUGCGAGCGUUGGCGUCAGCACCGGGGUGCUGAUCGAGUAUGCUCUAGGAAGCAUGCUCACGUGGAACUUGUGCGCCGCGAUCAGCGGUAUCCUGCCGCUCACCGCAUUACUAUUGAUGUUCUUCUUCCCGGAGACCCCCUCCUACCUCAUAUCGCGCAGCAAGCAGGACCAGGCGAAGCAGGCGUUGCAAAAGUUCCGCGGCAGUACUUAUAACGUGAAUCGGGAAAUGGAGACAUUGGUGGAGUUCUCCAACAAGAAUAAUAUCAAGCGACUCACCGGUUUCCGCGAGAUCGUAUGUGCUCUACUGAAGCCUAGCGCGCUUAAGCCAUUCACUCUACUGUUUCUGUACUUCCUGAUAUACCAGUGGUCAGGCACCAAUGUUAUAACUUUCUACGCUGUUGAGAUUUUCAAGGAUUCAGGGGGCGAGCAUGAACAAGUACUUAGCGGCGGUCAUCCUGGGGAUAGGUUAGGCUUUAGGUUCCACUAUUAA